AUGUGUUUCCCUAAGCCCUCAAAAAUGCAAACACCUCUGCCUGAGGCUGCCGAGAACCUGGAACGGUUAAAUUUCACACCCACAGAUGUGGUCACUUUAAGUAUAUCCCCAGGAAGCCCCGAUACUGGCAUCCUUCGUAAGCCGACUGCAAACUUCCCUGAGGACCCUCACCCAAUUCAAGAUGGUGUUGCUCCGCAUAAGAGCGCAUUAAAGGGCAAGCAUAUUCCGCCUGGUGCUCGUUGGACCAAAAUCGAUCGGAGAUUUGUGAGCCCCGAAGCAUUGAAACAGGUCAAGGAACGCUUCGAAGUUCGUCAGGAUUGCGUGGUUGUUCUGCGUGUACUUACACACGAUGAGACCCAGACUUUAGCAGAUCGAACAAGAGAGAAGAGAGAGAAUAGAGAAGCUAAAGAAGACGACCAUGAAUGA